AUGGCAUCCACAAGGCACCGCCGCCUUGUGUUAUGCUUUUGGGGAAUACUCCUGAACGCUUUAAUAGGCGUGACUUGUGAAGCGGAGCUGUCCUUCACGCUGGAGCCCAGUGACAUCAUCGCGGUGCAGGAGCAGCCCUUGAUGCUGCACUGUCAGGUGGUGGGCAUUCCCCCCAUCACCACCCUCUGGAGGCACAACGGUCUGCUGCUGCCUCAGGACCAGGAGCACACCAUCUUCAUCAAUGGCUCUCUCCUCAUCGCCCACUUCCUCAAGACCAAAUCUGACGGCACGUCUGAUGAGGGCGACUACGAAUGCAUGGCCCAGAAUUCCUUUGGGCUCGUAGUAAGCCGCAAGGCCCGCGUACAGGCAGCAACUAUGGCAGACUUCCAUGUCCAGCCAGAGUCGGUGCAGGCAGAAGAAGCAGGAGUGGCCCGGUUUCAGUGCCAGAUCCACGGGCUGCCUGAGCCUGUCAUCAGCUGGGAGAAAGACGGACACCCUGUGGACACCGGUGACAAGAGGUACACGCUGCUGCCCACAGGCGUGCUGCAGAUCACGGGGGUGCGGGGGGAGGACAGGGGGAGGUUCUGCUGCGUGGCCCAUAACAGCGCUGGAGUCAAGCACAGCACAGAGGCUCUCCUUACUAUUUCAGCCUCCCAGUCCUCAGUGUACAAAGAGCCCAUGAUCCUGGUCGGCCCGGAGAACCUUACCCUCACCGUGCACCAGACGGCCAUUUUGGAGUGCAUUGCCACGGGAUACCCUCGGCCCAUCGUGUCCUGGAGCAGACUAGAUGGGCGUCCCAUCGGCGUGGAGGGCAUCCAGGUGUUGGGCACAGGGAACCUGAUGAUCUCGGACGUGGGCGUGCAGCACUCAGGGGUCUAUGUGUGCGCCGCCAGUAAACCGGGCACUCGAGUCCGCCGCACCGCUCAGGGACGACUGGUGGUUCAAGCUCCAGCAGAGUUUAUCCAGCCCCCCCAGUCCAUCGCCAGACCGGUGGGCACCACGGCCAUCUUCACCUGCCAAGCCCAGGGUGAGCCAGAGCCUCAGCUCACCUGGCUCAAGAACGGACAGAUCCUGGAGCCGGGCGGCCACGUCAAACUCAGGAACAACAACAGCACGUUGAGCAUUUAUAGUAUCAGCCAGGAGGACGAGGCCAUAUACCAGUGCAUCGCCGAGAACAGCGCGGGAUCCACACAGGCCAGCGCGCGGUUGACGGUGUUGUGGGCGGACGGGCUGCCCGGCGUGCCCAGCCAGGUCCAGGCGGAGGCGCUGUCCCCCUCCUCCAUCCUGGUGUCAUGGAAAGAGCCUCAGCAAAACACUCAGGACAUCAUCGGAUACGUGCUGCACAUCCGAAGGACCACAGACCCGGCCGAGAUGGAGUAUGAAGAGGCGGUCAGCAAGGUGACGCUUCAGCAGAUCAUCAGGGAUCUGGAGCCCUCCACCAGCUACACCUUCUACGUCAAGGCCUACACCUCCCAUGGGGCCAGCAAACCAUCAGACAGUGUCACCCAGAGCACGCACGGGGAGGUGCCUGCACCCCCAUCCCUCUACACCAAGGUCUUGAACAGCAGUGUGGUCCAAGCGUCCUGGGACCCCUCCUUCAAAAUGGGCCAACACCAGGGUUACAGACUCUUCUACAGACGGGCCCAUGCUCCAGCUUUCACGGGCCCCAUCAGCUUUCCGCGCAACGUCACCCAAUACAGUAUCAGCCAGCUUGAUUCCUCCCUCGUCUACGAGAUAAAACUGCUCGCGUACAACCAACACGGGGAUGGGAACGCCACUGUUCGAUUUGUUUCGCUCCGGGAAGCCUUGGAGAAAUCUGUUCUGGACGACCCGUGCGACUGCGUAAAGGAUGAACACAGCAAAACAUCCACCACUGGGAUCAUAAUUGGCAUCCAUAUUGGAGUCACCUGCAUCAUUUUCUGUGUGCUCUUUCUCGUGUUCAGCUACCGCGGCAGGUUAAUGAUGUGCAAGACAGUGCAGGCUACCCCCCAGGCUGGACACGGUGCGGCCAUAGAGUCCUCUUCCUCUUCCCAGGGGGCCGUGGGGCUGAACGGCGCCACCCGAAGGGAAGUGGAGGUCAAUGGCAGCGCAGCGGGGAAGAAGCCAGUCGACAGCAACGAGUUAGAGAGACUUUUCAACCAAACAAAUGGGCAAGACACACAUAUGGUGACCUCCUCUGCCCUGAACGACACCCAGCUCUCCACCAUCCUCCUGGACGAGUUCUCGGUGGAGCGAGAGGCAGAGACCCUGUUCCACCAGCCCCCCACAGCCCCCCCAGCACAGCGCCAGGACCAAGGCUAA